AUGUCGCUAUCCUGGAGCAGCUGGCUCGCCACACUAGAGCCGCAACAGUCAGCUCUCGGCCUGCUCUUUGUCGUCCUCUCCUUGACACUCGCUUAUGUCUCCAUACCAGGACGCCACGACCACCUCCCUUACAUCAACCGGCCCCCAAAGUGGGAUUUCCUUGGCCAGAAGACCAAACAACACUUCGUCAGCAAUGCCCGAAGCCUGAUGGCCAAUGCUCGGGAGGCCUUCAAAGGCAAGCCCUACCGAAUGUUCACCGACUUGGGGGAUCUCAUUGUUGUUCCGGCGCACCACGCCGAUGAGAUGCGCAAUGAGCGAUCUCUGGACUUCCUCGAAGCCUUUGUCGAUAAUUUUCACCCCAACAUUCCCGGAUUCGAGGGAUUUACUUUCGAUGGCCGAAAGGACCAGUUGCUUCACAAGACGAUCAACAAGAAGAUUACCAAGAUGCUCAAUGAGAUCACUGCACCACUGUCGCUGGAAGCUGACUUUGCUACGCGCCUGAUUCUUGGAACUUCGACAGUUUGGCGUGAGAUUCCGCUUCAAGAAGCGCUUCUCAACCUUGUCGCUCGUCUAUCUUCCCGUGUGUUUCUUGGCGAUGAACUCUGUCGAAACGAUGCGUGGAUCAAAAUCACUGGCUCUUAUAGCAUCAACACUUUCUCAAGCGCAGAAGUCCUUCGACAGUACCCUUAUUAUCUUCGCCACAUCGCCUGCUAUUUUAUUCCGCAAUGCCGACUACUCAGAGAACAAGUUGCAGAGGCACGACGCGUUCUUAACCCGGUACUGGAAAAGCGAGAAUGGGAGAAGAAGACAGCUUUGGCUGAGGGGAGGACUGAGCCUUCGUACAAAGACGCGAUUCAAUGGGUCAUGGAAGAAGCUCAGGGCAGUACUUUUGACCCAGUAGGAGCCCAACUUGGUCUCUCUGUUGUGGCUAUUCAUACCACUACUGACCUCGCAACGGAAACGAUGCUUCGACUAAUGGUCAGACCACAGUUGAUGGAGGAUGUUCGUGCUGAGAUUGUGGCGGUCCUCCGGAAGGAGGGCUGGACCAAGUCUGCUUUGUUCAACAUGAAGCUGCUUGACAGUGUCAUCAAGGAGGCGCAGAGACUUAAGCCGACAACGUCUGCGACGAUGAAUCGGAAAGCCACUAGUCAAGUCAAGCUUCCUGGUGGAUUGGUCCUUGAGAAGGGAGACCGCUGCAUGGCAGACCUCGGCUCGAUGGUGGACCCCAACGUAUAUCCAGAUCCUCUCGAGUUUGACGGGUAUCGAUUCUUCCGGAUGCGUGGAGACCCCAAGAUGGAUAGCAAGGCUCAUCUGGUGAGCACAUCAGUGUCCCAUAUGGGAUUCGGCCAUGGCCUACACGCGUGUCCUGGGAGAUUUUUUGCCUCUAACGAGGUCAAGGUUCUCUUGUGUCACUUGCUGCACAAAUACGACUGGAAGCUUGACAGUGGAUUCGAGCAUACGAUUCAUGAAUUCGGCCUUUCCUUAUCGUCGGGUAGCACAAAGGCUUUUGUCGCGAGGCGACAGAACGUGGAGAUUGACAUUGACGCGUGGUAA